AUGAAGCCCAACAUUGAAGCCGCGACAGACCGAGCACUCGAACUCGCGGCCAAGCAUGGCAUUAGCGGAAACGCGGCCGCUCUGAGGUGGACCAUUUAUCACAGCAAGCCUGGGGAUGAGUUCCACGACGCUGUCAUCAUUGCCGCAUCGAGUUCUGACCAGUUGGAUCUCGAACCUCGAUUUGAUUGA